GAUAGGGAAAAGUAUAUGAAGUAUACACAACUCUUUCAAGAACAUCGUGAAUGUGUGCAUUGGGUUAUCCUAUAUUAUUUUUUAAAUUAUCAAACAAACGUAUUUAAAAUUGUGUUUAAAAUACUAUAUUAAUAUUUAUCUUUGAUCUUUCUUUCUCAAAGAGAAAUCAAAAUGCCAGAAGGAACAAUGGAUGGUGGUCGCAUUAUGAAAAUGGAAGUUGAUUAUAGUAACAACUGUGAUACAAAAAUACCUGAAUGUAAAAAGCUUGCUCGAGAAGGAAAGCUACAUGAUGCUUUAGAUCAGUUGCUAGCAUUAGAAAAACUUACCCGUACUGGAGCUGAUAUGACAUCGACAUCUCGAGUACUCGUUGCUAUAUGUGAAAUUUGUUUAGAAGCUAAAAAUUGGGCAGCGCUCAACGAGCACAUAGUUCUUUUGUCAAAGAGGCGUUCUCAAUUGAAGCAAGCCGUUACUAAAAUGGUUCAAGAAUGCUGUACUUAUGUAGAUAAAACUCCAGAUAAAGAAACUAUGGUUAAAUUAAUCGAAACUUUGCGUUCGGUUACAGAAGGAAAAAUUUAUGUGGAAGUAGAAAGAGCAAGGCUCACGCAUCGAUUAGCAAAAAUAAAAGAGGAAGAUGGAGAUAUUAAUGGAGCUGCCUCUGUAAUGCUCGAAUUACAGGUGGAAACAUAUGGCAGUAUGUCACGCCGUGAGAAAGCUUCACUUAUUCUAGAACAAAUGCGUUUAUGUUUAGCAAAGAAAGAUUUCAUGCGAACUCAAAUAAUAGCUAAAAAAAUUAACGUCAAAUUUUUUAGCGAUGAAAAUGACGAAGAAACACAAGCAUUGAAAUUAAAAUACUACGAUCUAAUGAUGGAAUUAUCUCGACACGAAGGUUGGCAUUUAGAAUUAUGUCGUCAUAAUCGAGCUGUACUCGAAACGCCAGCUGUUAGAGAGGAUCCAGAAAAAAGACAUACGGCAUUAUCCCGUGCAGUACUUUAUCUUAUACUUGCUCCUCAUGAACCGGAACAAGCAGAUUUGACUCAUAGGCUGCUAGCUGACAAAAUGCUUGAUGAAAUUCCUAUAUACAAAGAGCUUUUACGUCUUUUCGUUAAUCCAGAAUUAAUUAAAUGGUCUGGUCUUUGUGAAAUCUAUGAGAGAGAACUCAGAGCAACGGAAGUGUUCUCUGCAUUAACAGAAGAAGGUCGCAAACGAUGGGCUGAUUUACGUAAUAGAGUUGUCGAACAUAAUAUUAGAAUUAUGGCAAAAUAUUAUACCAAAAUAACAUUGACUCGUAUGGCAGAGUUAUUGGAUCUUCCUGUAGAGGAAACCGAAGCAUGCUUGUGCAAUUUAGUUGAAACAGGAGUAAUUAAUGCGCGUACCGAUCGUCCCGCUGGUGUAGUACGUUUUACAGGAAGUCAGGAACCAGCAGCUCUGUUAGAUACGUGGGCUGCUUCCUUAUCAAAAUUAAUGAGUCUAGUAAAUCACACAACCCACUUGAUCCAUCAGGAAGAAAUGCUCGCUGUUGCACAAUCAUAAAAACAUUGAUUGAUAUAUUUGAAUCUUACAAAAGUGUAUCGUUCGAUGUAUUUAUUGUGCCACAGAUAAAAUUUUAUACACUAUCGAACUU